AUGUCGACCACUGCUCAACCCGGCGGACCAAACAAAGCGGGGCAAUGGUCUGACAUAAAGCCUCGACUCGCCCGCUUGGCUGCCGCACUACCCCCCGAAUCAGUCCGUCAUGACCACGUCCGUUUGGAGCUAGAGCCCGUAUUAUCAGAGAAGGAGGUCUCUCAAAUCGAAACCCAAAUCGGUGUCCGGCUGCCCGAGGAAUACCGCUCUUUCCUGUUACAAGCCGGCAAUGGAGGCGCUGGCCCGCACUACGGCAUAUGUCCUCUACGCAAGACUGCGAGUAAUAAGUGGGAAACGAUGGAUGAGGAUACGGUACCCCCCAACGACAUGGACCGCCUUGCUGAGCCGUUUCUCCAUACGACCACCUUCCAUCCUUCCGACUUUCUGCCCGCGGAACCCAAUGAGGAAGACUUUGAGACAGAGCAUGAUUACAAUUGCGCUCGCGACGGGUGGUCUGAACGGCAGUGGCGAGUCAUUGAGGAGCACACCUCGGGCCUGCUGACGCUCUGCGAGAUUGGCUGCGCUUCUUGGAUCGGCCUCGUUGUUAGCGGCGCUGCUCGAGGGCAGAUGUGGGAAAAUCGCAUUGUCGACGAUGCGGGAAUCGGCCCUUUGUUGCACCAUGAUGGGACACCGCUGACCUUUGCCGCAUGGUACAGGGACUGGCUCGAUGGGUUGGAAAGGAGAACUGUGUUUGCAACGGCUGGCAAUUCGGGUCUUGGUCGGGCUCUCCCGGGGGAAGAGCACUACUUAGUAUCUAGUACUAGAUGA